UUAUUAAUCAGCUGGUGAAUGAGUCAGUCCAAACACGCACACACUGAGCGGCAUGUGCGUGGACAACAUGGGCACGAUCCUGCGCGUCUUCGCCCGGUGUCGCUUUAAAAAUCAGAAUCCAAGGCCAAUGAUUUAUCAAACUCUUAUUAUCAAGAAAAUGUCAAGCGAAGGGCACCUUGCUCCGCACUGACGCAAACCCAAUCUUUCCCACUGAGGUAUAGAAAGCAUUACACUAAGCAAGGCCAAAUCCACUCCUACUUCUUCCAGUUCUCUUCACAGCUGUUUUUCAACGUCAGCACGUCUGAAGCGUCUUCACAAAUGGAUUUCUCCGACCAGAGAGAGAUGACCAAACAGCCGGCCAAUGCUCCUACCGGUUUUAACCCGUUGCACCAGCUGGAGGGAGCGGUGGGAGUUCCCGCAAACAACCCGUAUAAUGCCCUUAAUCAAACGUCCGCCGCUUACCCGGCUCCUCAGCCAGCGCCAUCCAACGAGAGCAAAACUUUCUGUCCCACGGAAAACAAACCGGGAGAAGUCAGUAAAGUCUAUGGAACAUUUAAAAAUGCCGCUCCGGCGGUGCCUGGAUCCGUGGCUGCGAACUCGGCCUUCCGUGAGGAUUCCACCAGCUCAGUUGGUGGUUCUGCUGCCCAGGUUGUCCCUGUCCAGUGCGGGGACCCGCUUAGGGCUACCGGGGAUCAAAACAAUGCAUCGGGCAACUGGACCACCAUGAGUCAGACCACCAUCAUUCUGGGCGCAGAUGGCAACACGUCUGUUCAGCCCGGCGCCGUGAUCGGGGAGGACGAGAGUGGAGAUGAGAAUAAGGCCAGGGGAAACUGGACUAAUAAAUUGGAUUUCAUCCUGUCCAUGGUUGGUUAUGCCGUGGGACUGGGAAACGUGUGGAGGUUUCCAUACCUUGCCUUCCAAAAUGGUGGAGGUGCUUUUUUGAUCCCCUACCUGAUAAUGUUGUGCCUCGCCGGGAUCCCUAUCUUUUUAUUGGAGGUUUCUCUGGGUCAGUUUGCCAGCCAGGGCCCGGUGUCCGUGUGGAAAGCCAUUCCAGCUCUGCAAGGUUGCGGGAUUGCCAUGUUGAUAAUAUCUGUCUUGAUAGCCAUAUACUAUAACAUUAUUAUGUGCUGGACACUGUACUACCUGUUCGCUUCGUUGAAGGGCUCACUGCCAUGGGCUAACUGUAAGAACGAGUGGAACACGUUGGACUGUAAGGACAAAGACAUGCUUCUCUUAGACACGUGUAUCCUCCAUGAUAAAAACAUCACCUCUGUAAAGAACAGCUCGUUCUGUCUGUCGGCUCAAGCCAUUGGAAACCUGAGCAAACUGGUUAACAUGACCUAUCCGGACAACCAAACGUACGUCAGCCCCAGCGAGGAGUACUUCAAGUACAAUGUCUUGCACAUCUCCAAAGGGAUAGAGUACCCUGGAGACAUCCGCUGGCCCCUCGCAGGCUGCUUGUUGCUGGCCUGGUUGAUAGUCUACCUCUCCCUGGCCAAAGGAAUCAAGUCAUCAGGGAAAGUGGUGUAUUUCACAGCUACGUUCCCCUACGUGGUUCUGGUCAUUCUGUUGUUCAGAGGAGUGACCCUCCCAGGGGCUGGCGACGGCAUCCUCUACUUCAUCACACCCAAGUGGGAGAAACUCUAUGAUGCUAAGGUGUGGAAGGAUGCUGCCACCCAGAUCUUCUUCUCUCUGUCAGCAGCCUGGGGAGGCCUCAUCACACUGUCUUCUUACAACAAGUUCCACAACAACUGCUACAGGGACACCAUCAUAGUGUGCAUAGUUAACAGUGCCACCAGUAUAUUCGCUGGGUUCGUCAUCUUCUCCGUCAUUGGAUUCAUGGCCCAUGAACUGAAGGUGCCCAUUGAGAAGGUGGCAGAUGAAGGUCCAGGCAUAGCAUUUGUGGUGUACCCGGAGGCUCUGACCAGACUUCCACUCUCUCCGUUCUGGGCCAUCAUAUUCUUCCUCAUGCUGCUGACCCUCGGCUUGGAUACCAUGUUUGCCACUAUUGAGACCAUAGUGACGUCGGUGUCAGAUGAGUUCCCCCAGUAUCUGAGAAAGAACAAGCCUCUGUUCACGCUCAUCUGCUGUGCCUGUUUCUUCUUCCUGGGAUUCCCUAUGGUCACAGAGAAUGGGAUGUACAUGCUCCAGUUGGUGGACACGUAUGCUGCCUCUUACUCUCUGGUCAUCAUUGCCAUCUGUGAGCUAAUCGGAAUCUCCUACUUCUACGGCCUGCAGAGGUUCUGCGAGGACAUUGAAAUGAUGAUUGGCUUCCAACCAAACCGCUUCUGGAGAAUCUGCUGGGCCUUUGUGACUCCAACCAUUCUGACUGGUAUCCUGGGGCUGAGUCUGUACCAGUGGAAGGUGAUGACCUAUGAGGACUACACCUACCCCCCCUGGUCCAUGGUGAUGGGCUGGCUGAUGGUGGUGUGUUCUGUCAUCUGGAUCCCAAUCAUGUUUGUCAUCAAAAUGCACUUGGCCCCGGGCAGCUUCAAGGAGCGUCUGAGGCUGGUGUGCUCCCCUCAGCCCGACUGGGGUCCCUUCCUGGCAAAGCAUAGAGGGGAGCGCUACAAGAACAUGAUGGACCCCCAUGGAUCCAACUCCCUGGGCCUCAAACUGCCCCCCAAAGAUUUCCAGCUGGGCACCUACCAGUAGCAGCCUCCACUACUACCACCACCACCACUUCAGCAGGAUCACCGGGGAAGAGAGAGGGCAGCAGCCUACCACUGCCCUCUCCUCCACUUAUUCCUUCUUUUUUUCCUGUUCUCCACUUCACUUCAUCUCUCCUCUCCUUCCUCUCUCCAUUCAAUGUGGGUGCGAGAAAAGCAAGCCAACACAUCCUCCACUUUUUUCCCCCCAGGUCUACUGUCCACCUCUCCUGCUCCCUUCUUAUUUCUUCUCCACUCUAUAGCAAAGUGGGGCUGCCCUCCUCUCCCAACAUUGCUUUCUCUGGCAGGCACCCAUAUUAUACCCUUCCCUUUCUCUCCCUAACCCCUGACUUGAGAAUGGUCUGUCCUCUGCCUCCUGCCCAUGCACAGCCAUUACUCCAGAACCGUUUCUUUCUGAGGGGAUCUCUAUUCCAAAAGAAAAAAUGUGUACUGUGUCACAAUGUUGCAACGGCAAUAUUCGACUGCACAUGACAAAAAAAAAUAUAAUCAAAUUGUAUGUGUCACAUGCUUCAUAGACAAACAGUGAAAUGCUUACUUACGGGUCCUUUUCCAACAAUGCAGAAUUUAAGAUAAAGAUAAAAACAAUGUAAUAGGAAUAGCGACAAGGAAUAAAUGCACAGGGAUUAACGUAUAACAGUAACGAGUAAUAGUAUUAUGGCUAUGUAAAGGGAGUUCCAGUACCGAGACGAUGGGUACGAGGUAAUUGAGGUAGCUUUGUAUAUAUAGGUAGGGGUAAAGUGACUGUGGCGUCAGUAUGCAUGUGUGUGUGUGUUAUGUGUGUGUGUGUGCAUAUGUAGUGUGUGUGUGUCUGUGUGUGUUGGGGUGCCAGUGUAAGUGUGUGUGCAAAGUCAGUGCAAGAGUCAGUGCAAGAGAGUUAGUGCAACAAAGGAUCAAUGCAGAUAGUCCGGGUAGCCAGUUCAUUUAGAUAUUUAGCAGUCUUGUUCAUCAGUCUUAUGGCUUGGGGGGGUAGAAGCUGUUCAGGGUCUUGUUGAUUCCAGACGGUAACAGUGCACUGUUACUGCUUUCCGUGUGGAAGCAGAGAGAACAGUCUAUGGCUUGUGUCUAUGGCUGUGACAAUUUUUGUAUCCUUCCACUGACAACGCCUGGUGUAGUGGUCCUGGAUGGAAGAGAGCUCGGCCCCAGUUAUGUACUGGGCAAUAUUCACCGCCCUCUGUAGCGCCUUGCGGUCGGGCGCCUUGCAGUUGCCGUGCCAAGCGGUGAUGCAGCCAGUCGAGGUGCAGCUGUUGAACUUUUUGAGGAUCCGAGGGCCCGUGCCAAAUCUUUUCAGCCCCCUGAUGGGGAAGAGGCAUUGUCGUGCCCUCUUCACAACUGUGUGGGUGUAUGUGAACCAUGUUAAUUCCAAAAGUGAUGUGUACACAGAGGAACUUGGAGCUCUCGACAUCUCCACUACAUCUGGACUACUCCCUAUGGAGGUGUGUGUGUGUGUGCAUGCGUGUGUGUGUGUGUGAUUGUUUUAUUCUUCUAUCUUUGUGUAUAGUGAUAAUGGAAACUCCUCCACAAACAAAAAGGCACAAAAAAAUGUAAUUGACAGACUGAGAAACAUUGGUAUUCAUCAGACUCUGACCUAUGGCACAUUAUGAUAUAUAUUAUUUUUUAGCUUUUAUAAAAUAGGCAUUACAAGUAAAUUGAACUGCCUAGGAAUUAUGCAGUAUGUACUGACAUUAUGGUUCAUUUUCAUAGAUGAUAUUUGUUACUGUCAAACUAUAUAUAUAUAGUUUGACAGUAACAAAUAUCAUAUAUAACACAUAUAUAUAUAUAUAUAUAUGGCCCAACACUCUUGGCCCAACACUCAACACUCUUGGCCCAACACAUACUAUAUAUAUAUAUAGUACCAGUCAAAAGUUUGGACACACCUACUUAUUCAAGGGUUUUUCUUUAUUUUUAAAUUGGGUCAAAAUCUGUAGAAUUGCAGCAAACUUACUUUAAAACGGCAACAUUUUCGCUACGCCCCAUUGCAAAAUCUGUGGAAUUGCAGGAAAUGAACUAUAAAACAAAUGAAAGUUAUCCCCAUCAUCAACAUGGGGGCCCCUAAAAUGUUUUGCCCGUCAGGUGGGGGUCCCCCAACAAAAAUUCAGCAUAGGGCCCCCCUAAAGACUAGGGACGGUUCUGUUGCGCGUGAGAAAAAUAACAGUACCAAUAAUGUGUUUGUUUGACAGUCACUCACUUGAAGGCAAGAAUGACUAAACAAGCAAGUCAGUUUUUUAAAUUAUUAUUUAUAUCUCAGUGUGCAUCCUUGUGUGCAUCACGACUAUGUACACUCCUGUAUACACAUGAUCCAUUAUCUUCCAAUGACAGAGUGCGAGAGAAAGAAAGAGAGAAAGAGAAAAAAAUUGCGAUGUGAUAGAUUGUAACGUUUGCGCUGGGCCAACAACUAACAAUUCAUGUAGGGGCGUCAGAUAGCCUAGCGGUUAAGAGUGUUGGGCCAGUAACCGAAAGGUCGCUGCUUCGAAUCCCUGGUCUAGGUAAAACAUCUGCCGAUGUGCCCUUAAGCAAGGCACUUACCCCGAAUUGCUCCUGUAAGUCGCUCUGGAUAAAAGCGUCUGCUAAAUGGCUAAAGUGUCAAAUGUAAAUGUUGGUGCUGCUUGGAAUAGCUCUGUCCUUGUGUAGCCAAUUUGAUGCUUUCGUUGAGGAAAUGGGGAUUAGCUUUCUGUUUUCAACAGGAUUGAACAGGAAAUGAAAUGUUAGAAAGCUAGCUUGUGCUGUUUGUGUUCCCGUGCUUCCGUGUCCAUGUAUGCUCUCUCCCUUCUGCUUCCUCCUCUCCCCCCUUCUCCCCCUCUCCCACUUGCAUGUCUCCUUUAGCGUGCUUUUAUGUUCCUCAAAGCACUGACAAACCAGGGUUAUAGUUUACCCCGGUAUUUUCCUUCACAAAGAACAAUGCAAAAUAAUAAACUUUCCAUUGCUAUACCUGUGGGUCAACUUUGGGCAGUAGGUAACCAAAGAAGGAGAACAACUUUUUUAUCAGAACAUAGGGUUCUGAAAAAAUACACAAAAAAAAAAUACAAAAAACUUGCUAUUUGCGUUUAGGAGAUUGAGAUACUGCCAUUCAUAUCCCACCUAGUGAUCCUUAAUGUUUUCCAAUAUGUUACAAAACAUCUUCAGGUAACCAUUGACCUUAUAGGUGUCCUCUAAUAGUAAAAUAUUGUAUGUAACUCAAGAAGUAUUGUCUGUCUCAUAUGGUACCGGUAUAUCCCUAUUGUUAUGUAUGUCGUGUCUUUUUGGCACUUUAUUGUGGACCUAUGAAUGCAUAGGUUAAAUGUCUAAUUACUUGGGUAAUGUCAUUUAUUUAUGUGUGUUCUAAUGUGAGGUACUGCUGCCUAUGGAUAUAGAUAUGUGCCUCCAACAGCCCAUGCCAUCCUUUGGUUUGAAAAUAGAGAAUAGAUAUAUAUAAUAUAAAGAUAUGUUCUGAAUUCUGUGACAGAUAGAAAAAGAUAUUUAGCAUAUGCAAAUAUAUGCGAAAUUAAUUAUUUAUUUUGAAAAUCAUCAAUCAUUGAGGCCCUACCUCACAUUUUGUAUUUAUGUAUAGAAAUGCAAUUGGAGUACAGUAUCUUUGCCAAUAAUAAUAAUAUAUCGCUAUUAUAUCAUGAAAUGUAUAACCUAUAAAUCUAUAAAUGUCAUUGUUUUCAA